GCGCCGGGAGCUAGCCGAAGAAAAUGGUGCAACACGUCAAAGGUCGUUCGAAGAUACCUCGACAGGCCCAAUACCCAUGGUUCCUCCAGAGACAACAGCACAACACCACGAAAAUGAAAAGCAGGAAUCGUCGGGCACGGAAGUAAACAAGCAAAAUCGCGACAGCGUGUGUCUCUCCUCUGCGAGCGAGGCGGGCAGCCGUGCCAAAGCGCUAAAUCCACGAGACUCAGCUUCGAGUUGUGAAAAGACAAUUAAGGAGACGAGAGAGAGCGCUUCUAUAGCACCACAUGCUGCCAGAAGUGGUUCCUCUGCCUCCUCCUCUUCCUCCUCAAGGUCAAGCGUCCUUAACCAGAACGUCACAAAUCAUCGUGAUAAUGUAGUUCAUGACGAAGAUGGACGAGAGGAGGAGAUCCGCGACGUCGACACCAGAGAGGUGCUGAGGAAAAGAGCAAGGAUGAGCAGUCGUUCUUCCCAGUCUUACUCCUCAUCGAAGGAUUUAUUAGCAUCCUCACACCCGAUUCGGCAUCAUGGUGCAGGUAGCAACCACAUGAGAAAAUCAAUACUUCCUGGUCAGGAGUCUGCUCAGCAGUUCUCGUCCACACCAGCCGCAUCCGGAUAUAAAUCCCACAACGACCACCACAGUAGAGGCGACGCAAGACGAGGAGGCGACGUUGGGAGUGACGAGACAAUCUCCAGACAACAAGAUCGAGAGAAAACGGCUUUCCAGCAGGAACGGCUUACUGAACAAGAGCGGGUGGACUUUGGAGAUCACGGCACAUCAACGUCUUCAUGUUCCAGAACGGAUAUUAGAAUUCAAAAGCAAAAUGAUACUAAAACAACAUUAAAAUUCUCUGAGCAAGGGGACGACCGACGACCUAGAAGAAAUGAAAAACGAGAUAGUCGUGGCCGUGGUCGCGAAGAUGAUCGUCAGAAAUCGUUGACCUCGAGGACUUACGCAAAGCGCGAAACACGCACGCACCACUCAUCUACUCGCGGAAGGACGUUGACGACGGACAAGGGGCGCGCUGAUGGCUGCGCAGCGAGUAGAGAAGAUCGCGUAACAAUGAACAGGGGCAGCUACCGAGAAUCUUGUGGCAGGCACCGGCGCCAAGACAAGUAUAACCGAAAGGGUGCGCCCGCAGGCCGGGGAGACGGAAACAACCGUGUGCGCGAUAGAAACAACGAGAUCGGGCUCCAGCAACAAAAUUCUUUAUCUGAUAGAGAAAAUACGAAAGACAAGAAACAUGAUGUUAUGGGAGGUGGUGGCAAUAUUCCUACAACAUCCUCUGGACCUACGAUGGCGUCUUCUAGUAGUACUGGCAAAAAUGUUAUAGCCCACUUUGAGAACAGCGGCGAUGUCCUCAUCAAUCAAGACGACGUAAAUGCUGCUUCUUCCAGUGACCGGGGCGUGUCCUCUGGUUCUGCCUUGCCUUCACUUGAGGAAAGCCAUACUAACGACAAUUCUUCUUUCUUAGCCCCGAUUGAACAGCCACAACGACACACGCAUACCGAGCUGGAGCCAGGUCUUCAAAUUUUUCAGUCAAACGUCGAUAGCAAGAACAUUUCUGCAACUACUUCUAGUACAUCCGUGAUGACGCGACAGGCUCAUGUUAUCGAGAACGACCCUGCGCUGACCGCUGUAGAUGAUCACGUUCGUCAGAAUCAGUAUUCGGCAGAGAUGACAAACAGGGCGAUUUCUUCCUUGUUGAUAAUAUCAAGUUCUUCUUCUUGCGCCUCGUGGUCUUCGCAGCCGAUGCCGUACCAGGAGGCUUCGAGUGAAACCGCGGCGCGACAGCCCUUGACGACCGACCCAACAAGAGCAAGACCCGCUCACCCGAAUCCACCAAGCAGUGACUUUUCAGUAUCACCGCAACAGCACAGAAAACAGCAAGGCUCGUUCACUGUGCUCUGCUCUCCCACGACCUCGAAUCAUGUUGCUACUGCCCAAGAAGUGGAUGCAUGUGCUGGCGUAGAGCAGGCAGAGUGUCAGCAAGUGCCACCGCAACUCCAGCAGCGUGGUUCGGGUUCCGGAGCCAAUACUCAUCUUUAUGAAGUACAGGACAAAGGUCAGAAUGCAGGUGCCCAACAAAACCAACGCGUCGAUUGGCAUUCCUUCUAUGCUGCGCGAGUUACCGGUGCUGCAACAGUGUCGUCCUCUACUUUCGACACAAGUGCGACGAGAAUUGGAAAUCAGGGGAAAAUAAUUGAUGAGUCGUCGAGCGGCAGGAACUACAGAAGUGCGAGCAAUGAUUUUCAAAACGCAAAGCCAAAUAAUACUAGUACUUCUACUAGCAGUGCCAGCACUACAUCUUCUACACACAACAGGGCGCCUGAUGCAUCUAGAGGUAGCGUAGACCACACUUCAGCAGGAUCAACGACAAGGACACAUGCUGACUCAUUUCCAAGAACUACUAGUGCUGGUACAAAGUCACUGGCGGGACGAGAGGCUACCAGCCAUGUACCUAACCGUCGUGGCGUUCUUCGAUUAGCCAGCCCAUCCCCAUCACCUGACCGUGAACGAGAGGACCGGUGGAAGAAGGAGUCCACCUCUUCCCAUCAUCCGCGCCAUCGCAGAGAUGCGCCCAUCGCGAGUCCCCGGCGCCACCACCAUGAGAGAUCGAUCCGUUCUUCUCCCCCAAGGUCAAGUCCAUCAGGGCGCGACCGCGAGCGCGAUGGAAGAAAGGAUCGUCGUAGGUAUGCGCCAGCUUCGAGUCCCACAGGCACACGUCAGCCACCUCCGCCCAAUCGUGCUCGCGUCAUGCCGGAUGCGAGCCCACCACGGUCGUCGCGAACUUGCAAUGGUAGUCCUGAUGACGUGAUGCAAAAAAAACCGCCACCACCACCACCACCACCACCAUCAUCGGUAGUUUUUCGUUCGCAAGUCAUCUCCAAGAGUGCUCGGUCUCAAAACGGUCUACCAGCUAUCACAUAUGCAAAUGGGAUCGUGGGAUCCGUUGAGAAAACGGAUGUGCCCGCCGUGGACCUCCCCAUGGCUUCCGGGCAAAGCCCCUCGACGAGCUCCUCAGCGACUACAGCAGCACAUCAUCAAGAAAAUGGGGACAGGACGUUUCUUCCGCUUGUUCCCAAAUCCUCGACAAAGAAUGGAAGAAAAGGUGAAGAAAUCUGCCACCCUCCUGUUGGUGGUGAUCUCCCAUUCAGAAACGGAAAAAGCAAUGGGCACGGUAUUACGCAUCGGAAAUUUGUGUUAGAAGACGCUCCACUCAACAAUGGCAAGGCCAAGGGCUCUUCAUACUCCAGCAAUGAGGACUCCGACUUCCAACAUGCUGCGAGUAUGAACAAGACAGGCAAAGGCAAGGCCACGGAUAGUAGCGCGAUGGUCGGCAUCGGUUGUGUGCCGCCGUCAUUGGAGGCAAAAAGAUUUGACGGCCUAUCAGCCGCAGCAGGUGGCACCAGUCUGCCACAGCCAUCUUUCCCGACAAUCGGCACGGAAAGCUCUACUUUGGGUGAUGAAGCAACUUUUUCCGCUCGUGUUUUGCCGCCGCCCCCACUGGCAUCUGGGGCUGGUGGCUUUUCUGAUUCUGCUGCCCAGCCUGAAGAGGGCAUGCCCUUCGGAGUAGUUCCGAAAACCUUGAGUAAAUUUAGCUCCGCACUGCCACCUACCAGAACAAAGUCGCCAGCUGUAUCCUGCUCACCAAGCCCUAGAAGAAAUUCACCGAGUGCUACCCCGAUUCGAAAUUGGAACGACAGAUCUCGUCGUAGUCGUGGUUCGACAUUUUCACGGCGAAAUAACACUACGGGAGGCUCUGGUACGAAGUCCUCGUCCUCCAAGAAUAAUUAUAAUCAGCACGGCUCUUCUCCAAUGAGAAACAAAGGUUCUCCUGCUAGAGCUAAAAAUAGCAAAGGCUCUUCUGCUUGUGGUAAGAAUGGCAAAGGCUUUCCCGCGGCAGGUAAAGGUAAGAAUAGCAAAGGCCCUCCUCCUGGUUGUAAAGGUGAGAAAGGCAAAGGUUCCACUUCAUCAGGCAAAAAGGGUAAAAACAACAGGGACUACAACACAACAUUUGCGUCCUGCCCAAGAGAUUCGCAUCCGAGUAUGAAGGACAAGUGGGAAUCCUCUACGAGUUUGAGGAAAACGAACCUGUUAGAGGAACCUCAAAACUACUUUCCUCCACCCUUUACGAAAGCUUCGGCGCCAGCGCCGUCAAAUUGCAAACCGGCGGCAUCUUCAUCGAACUCGGGAUGAUGACGAUGAGUUUCCAAAUCAAACCGUCACUAUCAUCAUGUAGCACCACACAUCGUAUUUGUAUUGUAGUUAUCACGACUUGUUUUGUUUUUGGAUCGCGGUUUUUAUCCUUGUCAGCAACUACUACACCUUCUAGUACGUAGCUGCUUUUUGUCCUUUCUCAAUCCUGAAAUAAAGAUUUAUACCUCCGAAUGGCGAGUGCAAGAAUUAUGAUUAUCCCACCCUUUUUUUUAAGUAAGUACUACGGUGCUACCUCAACCUCCUGGGCAGUAGGCCUGCUCCUGAAUUUCAAAUUUUUUUCGUAUUUGGAUCUUCAUGAUAAUUCACUUCUCCUUAGUACUAACACUUCUACUGUCAUGAGAGUCUACGACCUUCAACUGUGUAUCAACAAUUUAAGAAACUCCAUCAAUUUAUUAUUAUUAUUUUUCAAUGACAAGCUUCUUCAUCUAGCUUCAGCAGCUUCUUGAUCAUCCUGCUCUGUUUAAUGAAUCUGCUUAAAACCAUGAUUUCAACAUCAGCAACCAAGGGUUCAAUCUUAGUAGAAGAAAAGUCUACAUCAAAGAACUACAAGGCCGACAAAAACUGGUUUUGUACAAGACAUUGUCAUAAUUCUACUUGUUGUAGUUUCUUGUUGUAGUAGGGGAAGACUGGCGCACGAGAACAUGUUGCUGGUUGAUAUCGGCAAGUUGCAUAUCGCUAUCGAUAUCGGAGAUAGAUGCAUGAGCAAGGGCAAAACUGACAUCUUUAUGCGCCUUUAGUGUUAGAACAAGUGAGAUCUAUCCGUCUUCAUAGACGCACGACCAUGAUUGCGGAGGCAAUAGUUCCGAGAAAAGUGAUCGUAUUUGUGUGAGAAAUUUGUGCAUCGCACUUGAUUCAUCUUGAUGAUGAAUCACAACAUUUUCGAGCUUUCAAAUAGGCCUCCAUGGAAGAGGAAACUGCACAGCAUGAUUCGCAUCGUAGAUUAU